AUGCUGGACGACGGCAAAUUAGAAGAAGGAAUCGUACCUUUGGAAGAGGUGCAGACUCUGUCGGAUGACGUCAAAACCAUUAAAGAGGAUCUAGUGCUCUUACAGAAGUUGCUUGAAUCUGCAUAUGAUUCGAUCAAGGAUUGUACUGAGACAUUAAAAUUGCUGGAUUCAAGAUUGAAAGUUGCUGAGGAACUUACAGCUCAGAUACCUAUCUUGAGAGCGGGGGUGGAGAGACUGGAGCAACUGUUGCGCGACAAGGAUCAAUGGGACCGUGCUAAAAAUAUAGAAAUCAAAAAGGCGGUAAAUGAAGUCAACACAGGGAGCAGUUGGGUUCAUACACAGUUUUCAAGGUUGGCUAGAAACGUAAGGUGUCGUAUUAGCGGCGAGGGACGAGCCAAGCCUCCAGAUUGGUUCCUUGACAAAUUCGCCGCACAGACAUUCACGGAUCCCGAAGAGCCUUUGUACCAAACGAAACGAUCUAAAAUUCUUUGUGGUUUAAAGCUCGCUUUCGAUCCCACUCUACCAGCGCACUACCAUUGGCUCGCCGUGGUGUCUCUUGCCAUAUUAUAUAAUGUGGUCUUCGUCAUCGGGCGAGCUGUGUUUUGGGAGCUUGACAAUUUAACAUCCAUAUGGUUUGGCUUGGACUAUUUGUGUGAUACUAUUUAUCUUGUUGACACUGUCAUACAUGUUCACGAAGGUUACCUGGAACAAGGGCUCAUGGUUAAAGAUUCUAAAAUGCUUAGACGACAUUAUUUAAAAUCAGAUUCGUGGAGAUACGACUUGAUCUCUUUACUACCUACUGAUAUAGCAUAUUACUGGUGGCAACCUGGCUCAUGUGAUUCUGUCGUUAUGGCGAUACUUGUCCUGAUUCACUGGAAUGCCUGCUUAUAUUUUGCCAUUAGUUCCGCUAUAGGAUUCGGUACUGAUAAUUGGGUUUAUAAUCUCACCGGUGCACGUAAUGAAACUCUGGCUCAUCAAUACAUUUACAGUUUUUACUGGUCCACUUUGACUUUAACUACUAUCGGGGAAACACCGCAACCGGAAAUCGAUGCUGAAUAUUUAUUUGUAGUGGCUGACUUCUUAGCUGGAGUACUCAUAUUUGCAACUAUUGUGGGAAAUAUAGGUUCUAUGAUCUCAAAUAUGAACGUGGCCAGAGUAGAAUUUCAAAAUAAAAUGGACGGUGUAAAACAAUAUAUGGCAUUUAGAAAAGUAAGUGGAGAAUUAGAAGCCAGAGUAAUCAGAUGGUUUGCAUACACUUGGGCUCAAAGUGGAGCUCUGGACGAAGAAAAUGUUCUUUCUUCACUUCCAGACAAAUUAAAAGCUGAAAUCGCAAUCAGAGUACAUUUAGACACUUUAAGAAAAGUAAGGAUAUUUCAAGAUUGUGAGCCGGGACUUUUAGAGGCAUUAGUGCUUAAACUAAGAUUGCAAGUUUUUAGCCCUGGUGAUUAUAUAUGCCGAAAGGGUGACGUGGGUAAAGAAAUGUACAUUGUAAAAAGGGGCAGGCUCCAGGUGGUUGCUGACGAUGGCAAAACUGUUUUAGCGACACUGAGUGCGGGUUCUGUGUUCGGAGAAGUCAGCGUACUAGAGAUUGCUGGUAAUCGUACCGGCAAUCGCCGCACGGCCAAUGUGAGAGCUUUGGGAUAUUCAGAUUUAUUUUGUUUAGCAAAGCGUGAUUUGUGGGAAGCUUUGGCUGAUUACCCCGAUGCAAGAGCUACACUUACUGAACGUGGAUGUCAGCUACUGAGAAAGGAUGGUUUACUAGACGAGAACGUCUUUGAAAAUGCACAAUCUACACAACAGAGCUUGGAAGAGACUGUACACAAACUAGAAACCACCGUUGAAAUGUUAAACAAUCGUUUGCAGAACCUUUUAUCCGAUGUUGGUGAGGAGCAAGAAAGGAUUAAGCAAAGAAUCAAUAAAAUCGAGGGCAGAAUGUUAAAUAUUGAAGAUGAAGAUACUGAUACUGAUGACGUCACUUCAAUGGAAGCAUCAGAACUCAGAAGCGAAAUAGCAAAAGUGUGCGACGCGUCUUGUUAUAGCGAGGUGCAUUCGAGUUCCACCCAUGAUAAUACUAUGUUUCUAAGCAACCCGAUACCAGUGAGAGAAAGAGUUCAAUCUCUCUGUGUAGAAAGAACAUCGGGAGGAUUACUUCAACUGGGUCUUGAACCACGUAGUAAAUCACUUCGAUUGAAAAGAAUUAACAAAGACAAUUCAAAAGAAAAUAACUAG